GGCAACCCGCUCUCGCCGAGCGGGCGGGAGACGACAGUACGACACUGUAGGUAGGAAAAAAAAGCUGCCACCGCCGGCUAGCUAACACGCAAAGUUGGGUGCUGUUCCUCUCCUCUUCGAUCCCCAUCCACGGCACACAGCAAGAGGAGAGGGGAGAGAGAGAGAGAGAAAGAGAGCGGCGAUGGGGAAGGUGCCGAUGGAUCAGCGGCGGCGGCGGCUUACGCUGGAGGACUACGUCUUCUUCUUCGGCAGCCGCAGCGGCAAAGGCCUUACCAUAGACCUCCUCAACCAGAUCGUCUUCAUGCACGGCUUCAUCAAGUUCCACCACUCCAACAAGCCGGUCAUCCUCGACGCGCUCAACUCGGUCGAGCUCCUGCGCCCGCGCCGCUCCACCGUCAGCAUCAACGCCGUCGCGCCACCGCCUAGCGCGGCGGCGCCCUCGGCGGCCGCGCUCUCCACGGAGGACGUCAAACGCGACAUCGCCGACCUCGGCUGGCGCGAGUGCCCCAUCGGCUCCCUCCUCUCCGUCUCCGCCCCUUCCCCCGUGCCCCUCGCGACCGUCCUCCCGGGCUCCGGCGCCGUCCAGCGCGUCUCCCCUCCGAGCACGCUCACAUCGCCCCUGCCUCCCGCGGCGCCGGCCGUGGCAGGGAAGAGGAAGUGGGCGUCGACGGGCCAGGGAAAGGAAGCGGUUAGGAGGAAGAAGAAGAGCAUGGGGGAGCUGCUCACGCGCCCGUCCCUCGAGGUCGAGGAUUCGUCUACCGGCGCAUAA